AGCACUGCGUAGGCGUUUCGCUUCCUGUUCUCGGUUGGACAUUAUGACAAGGAAGUUUCACUUUUAAAUCAGAGCAUAUCACACAACAGUCGGGCAGAACUUGUCUUCUUACGUUGUACGCUUGUGUCGUGAGAGUAACUUCACGGGAAUACGUGUACGUGCUGCCGUGCUUUUUCACCGUCGGUCACUCUGUAUACGGUUUAAAAAUGGGAGAAACGUUUCCGUAUUUCCGUCUGUGCUUUCUUACCCUUGCAGUGCUGUUUGUAACAGGCGGGCUGCCACGAACCAUGGCCUAUACUGGAUGCCCAGUUGUACGACUGUCUGGGGAAUACGACCAUCAAAGUUAUCGGAUGACAACCUACAGGGUAACAAGUCAGACCAUCGCAGACAGACCAGUGUACGAGAGUGAGACAGCAAACAACUUCUUGUACUACCUGGAGUUAGAUAAUGUGAUUAAUGGUUGGGUUGUCGGGUUCACACCUGGAGGAAGGAACUACAGGCUUGUGGCACUUGACAGUGCAACAUUUCCCGAACUAAUCAGUCCAGGAACAUUUCAAGUAUUUUCGGUUUCACACCAAGGCUUUGUUUUGGCUCCAAAUCUACGUGUCUCCUGUUCAGUUCCCGGAUAUAUCGGGUGCUUCUGGUACUCGUCUGUAUCUGGUAGACAGUUGCAGUGGACAGGUAGCUACAUAACCAUAGACAACUGUAAGCUGAGCUGCAGAGCUGGAAACUUCCCAUACACAGCACUUUUUGGACGGGAAUGCUGGUGUGCAACUCAGAUAGCAUCAGACGCUACAAGAGCAACAGGGGGCCUCUGUGAUAGGCCAUGUGCAGGGAAUCCCUCGCAGUUUUGUGGACGAAGAGACAAUCGGCUGUAUAUAGAAGUUUAUGAAACUAUCACCGACUGUGGCCCCGUGCCCGUGACUCCAGGCGUGAUCUCUGUACGUCCUUCUGACGGAGCUAAUGUGACAGUUGGACAUACAGCAGAAGUGAACUGUUGGACUGGCGUCACAGUAACCCUACAGUGUCUUCAAAACGGCAGUUUCAACUCUUCAGGCCCUUUCUGUCCAGAACCAACGACAGCCAUCAUGGAGACAUCAGUCGGCUCAACAACGGACUCAGACCCUCACGUUGGCGACCGCUCAGGUGACAUGUCCACAAAUAUCAUCCCCAUUGUCGGAGGUCUAGUCGCGGGUGUGGUUUUUAUCGUGAUCGUUGCAGUUGCCGCUUUCUUCCAUGUCAGAAAAAGAAAUGCAGGCUUGGCUCAAGAGACCCCAGCUUCCUCCCAUGGGAGGACAAAUAUGGACACCAGCACCUAUUAUGAGCCUGUCAUUACCAGUGAUGUGGUUCUAACGCACACUGGAGCCCAGUACCUCCCCAACACUACCGAUCACACAAGGGCUCCUACAAACGCCGAACCACACUAUUCCACCAUUCCCGAGUACUCCUCUAUCGACGAAAUGGACAGAAAAGGCGCAGUGACAACAGAAACAAAGAACAACAACCUGGACCAGCUCUACAGCAAACCUGUCAAGAAAGCGAAGAACAAGAGCGAAGAAGGCAUGGUGGACAACGUUUUGUACGUCAGGUCUGAUGACGUCACUGAUGGAGGAGGAGCCAUGGACUCUAACAGUCGUUACGUGGACAAUGAUCUGUAUGGCUGUCCCAACAGAUUGUUUGGAAUCAUGGCAGGCUGUUCGGCAAAGUGUACCGCCAUAGUGGUGUCCUGCGUCGUUUGCUACGUCCUGGUGUCCAUCCCGCUAGCCCUCGGGAUCCUGGGCGUUUUGGAGCCGAGGCGACAGGGCUUCUUCUGCGGGGAUGAGAGCAUUUCCCUCCCGUAUGCCGGGGACACAGUCUCGCUGGGUGCAAUGGUGGGCGUGGCGCUAGGCGGCGCUGUUCUCGUCGGUCUCGCCGAAGGUGUCUUUGCAAAGACUAGGGGUCUGAAGCCACCUGCAAUUUUUGUGAACAGUUUGAUCUGUGCUGGGAUGCUGCUGUUUAUCAUGGCAGCGGCAGGCUCGGCAGUGUACGGCGCGAAGUUGUCCAUGGGGGUGCUUCGUCCGCACUUCCUGGCAGUGUGUAAGGUCAACGUCACGUUCACCUGCACACCUGGUACCUACGUCACAGAAGACGUGUGCACAGGUGAUGCCGACGUCAUCAGAGAGGCCCGGUCGUCCUUUCCAUCCGGACAUGCCGGAAUAGCCGGCUGCCUGGCCGCUUACGUCGUGUUAUACCUGCAACAUCGUGUCCGGAACAAGAGCUGGGUUUUACCGAGGGUGGCGGUGCAAAUCGGGUUAGUCUUGGGAGGUCUGUACGUUCUGGGCAGUAGGGUGGCCGAUCACCAGCAUCACCUGGCGGACGUGAUCGGAGGUGCAGUUGUGGGAGCUGCGUUCGGUGCGGCUGGGAUGUGUGUGACCAAAGAACUCACCAAAGCAACUGGUAAGAGAGGAGACACUGGCGUUCGCUUUGCAAGAGAACAGGAGACUGCAGAUGAACUAUUAGAGAUUUCCAAGAUGUAAUCUUAAUAUCCUAAUGUCAAUCAGUAUAUAAUAACAUGUGUACAGUAUUUGGAUAUCUGGCAUGAGAAAAGCAUGUAAUGAUAUACCCUUAUAAUGUUCUAACCAAGAAAAACACAGAAGACACUUUUUCAUUGUUAAUAUUGACCUUUACUUUUGAUGCAGAGUAACUUGCUCUAUCUACAAGUGCGUUUAGUCCAUGAGAGAUGUUGGUUUUAGAUCCAUUGAUUUAUCAAAUGACGAAGAGACCAAGAUAUUACAAUCAAUCAUUUCACAAUUUGGAUCUGAGAAAAAAGCUAGUCCCAAAGUUGGCAACAACCGACAUUUCUUCAGAAAUAUACAUAUUGGCAUUGUUUGCUUGUAGCAUUUUCUAACACAUUUACUCAUGCAUUUGUAAUAUCUUUUCAUCACACUACAUUAGUACAAGCAAAUCAAUUGUGAAAGCAGAAAUAAGCAUGACUAUAUUUGCCUACCACC